AGAAUCAGGUGUGCAUCUCUAUUCAGUAUUUUUUAUUUGCAUUUAUGUAGAUAUAGGUCGUUCUUUUUCUCAUAUUAGACCGAGUCCAAGAUGAACUGCAACGUCGUUCCUCUGAGCAAUUAUUCGAAAAUCAGUUAUCGGGUAAAGUGCGUCGACGUGGUGAACGAACGCGCAUUUGGUGAUUUAAUUACGAAUGAAACGGGGAGUUUUCAAGAUUACCAUGCCGAGUCAUUUUACGCGGAUGAGUUAUUACAUCUCUAUCGAAGAAAGCCUCGAAACUUGAUGCAGCAGACAUUGGAAAGUCCAGAUUUCAUGGUACUUAACACGAAGGAAAAUCCAGGAUGUAUUACCGAGACCAGGGAAUUCGGCGAGAAAGUUUUCCGAAGUUUGACGACCUCCAUCGAGAAAGCUAUUCCUCCUCCGAAGAACACCAACAAUGGCGAAUCUCUUAAGAAAAAGACGUAUCCGUCGCCGAUGAGGAAAAUAUGCCCACGUGAGGAAGAAACACUGUCUUCUUUGGUAGAUCAGCUGCUUUUGGAUAUCUACGGUCUCCCCAGAGGAGACAGACCCUCCGAAACGGUCUCGACGACCUCCUCCUCGAAGCCACGAAGCGAGCAUCGCUAUCUCCAGGGUACGCGACUUCGGUUGAAAAGCGUCGACGAGCUGCACGUCUUGGUGGACGAUUUGCAGGAACGCAUCGACCACGUCGGCGGUCUUCUCGUUCGUCAGCUGCGCCGAAGGGAUUACUUAGUCAACAGACGUAACAAGCGGUACGACGUCGUCACUGCACAUCUUCAAGCGCGAAGCGAAAAGAGGAGUGAGGACACGAGAAUGAAAUUCAGCGUCAUCCCCCAACCAGGCGAAAGUGGUUUCACUCAGUGGUUGGAUGCUAUGAAGAUGGUCGCGAAACUGCAAGGGGGAAUACCACCGGAAUUUCGGAAACGAUUGUGGUUGACGUUGGCGGAGCGCCAUUUGGAGCAGCGCAGGGUGGACUGGAAACAGGCUGAGAAGCUCUGCUUCAACGAGUGGAGCAAUCCCGACGACGAGGAAUUAGGGAUACAGAUUGUAAAGGAUCUCCAUAGAACUGGUUGCAGUCUCUUCUGCGGCGCUGCUGGUCGCGACAACCAAGCUGUCCUUCGUCGGGUUCUGCUUGGAUUUGCCCGAUGGAACAAAUCCGUGGGAUAUUGUCAAGGAUUGAACGUCCUGGCCGCUCUGGUCCUGCAAGUCGUCGAUCGCGCCGAGUCUUCUGCCGUCAAAGUCAUGAUUUAUUUGAUAGAAGGCGUUUUACCGGAAGGAUACUUUGCCGACAACCUCCGAGGACUCUCCGUGGACAUGGCAGUUUUCCGUGAUCUUUUGAGGAUGAGGCUGCCUAAAUUGUCACGGCAUCUUGAGGCUCUACAGAGCGAUGCCAAAGACAAGGCGACCGGUAGCAGCUACGAACCACCGCUGACAAAUGUAUUUACUAUGCAGUGGUUUCUUACAUUGUUUUGUCACUGUCUACCUCAAGAGGCAGUACUUCGCGUUUGGGAUCUGAUAUUUUUAGAGGGGGACGAGGUGCUUCUGAAAACCGCCCUUGCUAUCUGGGAGGGUCUCUCCGAUCGGAUAAUGACUGUCACAUCUGCGGAUGAAUUUUACAGCAUCAUGGGAGUACUUACGCGAGAGAUGCUGGAAUUCACGGAUACCAAUAAUCUUAUCAAGGCUAUCGUUAGCAUGGGCCCCUUAACAGGUGUGACGGAUCUUCGAGAGAAACAUCGAUACAAUAUUACCCCAUGGGCUCGAAGAUUGAGCGACGACGAAGAUUCCGAUGCCGAAGAGGACGAAAGGAUCGUCGUGGCUGCUGCGAUGUUCGGUAUAAACCAACGCAUGAAAAAAGAUCGUGCCACUUCCUCCUUGACGAUGUUGCAUUCGAUGGGACCCAGCAGUGAUAGGGAAAGAUUGGCGUUGGAUAUUAGCACCUUGAAACAUCAGUACGCAAAGCUGCGCGAGCGUCAGCGCCAAGCUCACAUCAUUCUUUCCGCUGCCUGUGCAAGACAGUCUAUGGUGGCAGCCCCGACAUCUCAAGCCAUGAAUCACUUGCUGGUGGGGAAGAGCGCUCUGAUCAGCGGUAAAAAUCGUCAGUUAAGUCCUCCACCUGGUUCUUUACCUCCGAAACCGAAAUCUGUCACCUUACACAGUCCUAGGACUCAAAAUCGCAGAGAUCGGCAAGGGAUCACUCUCCACUGGAAGGACACGAAAAAAAGAAAAGAAAGGAUGGACGAACGUCCAGAUGCGGGGGAAGUGGUCACGGAGCCAGCGCACUCAUCCGAGGGUAUGUCCGGUUCGUUAACGUCCCCGAAGAGGGGCCCGGAAGGGAGCAAGGCCGACAGUGACAGUGACAGUACGUCGACGGAAUUGUGCGACGAGCCGGAUAAACUCAGCGACCUGGAUAGCGAGGAACAGACGUCGGCGUCCGACUACGUCAUGGCAACGGACGAGGAGAAGAAGAGCCCACGAGGAGGGGAUUCGCCGUCCAUGAAGAGGGAAAGCGUCCCCGGAAGUGUCGCCUCAUCCCAGGAGGACGGGAACCGAUGUCAAGAGUCGUUGACAGGGGAAGUCGAGGUCCAGGGUCCCAAGAUCACGGUCAGGAGUCAGCGAGGGGAAGACCUCUCGGACCUAGAGGAGACCUCCAUAGCGGAAAUCACCGACCAGAUCCGCAGGUUGUCGGCUGAUGACGAAGUUUACGCCGGUUUGCCACUGAUGGACAAUAAGAGCGACCUGGGCUCAUCCGGGAUGAGCGUUUCGAGGCGGGACUCGAAGUCCCUAGAUGAUUGGAGCGAGUCGUCGAAAAGCGACGCCGGUAAAUCCCGAUCCGUCAAGGGUGACUCCCUCGACGUCGGCAUCGAUGGAACCUCGGAGACUAGCUUGGCCACGGUAGAUAGCUUCAAUUUUUUAAGCCUUAGCGGCAGUCGCGAGGACGACGAAGGAACAAGGGAGAACAACUCCAAGUAUCUCGAAGUCGGUAGAGUGUCCAGCGAUGAUGCUAGGUCCUUGGUUGAACACAUUGAUGUUGGGAAGAAUGAUGUAGAGCAGUCGGAUGCGUUUCCGGAAAAUGUAGGCGUUGAAAAGGACGGGGUAUAUUCCGAUUCGUAUGAUGCCGGGGUUAAACACCUUCCAGGAUUGUUCCCCACGUCCGUCAGCGCGAGUUUUGAUAGAAAGGAGGUAGACGGAGGCGGACGGAGUCCUACGUUAAGGAGUUACGAGAAAUCGUUGCAGUUCUGCGGCUCCGAUUCCAGGGAUUCCGAGAUCCUGGGGACAUCGGCGAUCGCUAUCCGGACUAACUAUGCGAGCCCCGACGUUUCCGCGAGCACGGUACCCAAGUCUUACGCGAUCGGACAUAUUCCGAUCACCCCGGUAUUAGUUGAUCAGAAGCUGAGCAAGACGAUGGAGUCGUCGGGCACAUCGUGGACUUCGUUGCGAGAGGAAACCCCGAGUCCCGGGAUGACCUGCUUCGAGAGGAACGGCUCCCUGACGAGUCCGAUCUACAAGCAACAACCUACGCCGAUGAAGUCCUAUCCUGAGCAGAAGAAGAGCCCGAAGACUCCGGACAGCGGCAAGUCCUUCGAUUCCGGGGAAACUAUGGGGCCAGAUUCUAAGACUUCGAGUCUGAACGCCAGUCCUCGGACUCCGCCGACCAGGUCGGAGUCUCGGACCUUCCGGACGGAUAAAUCGGCCUGCUCUUCCGUAAGCUCGGACUCGAAAACUCUGACCCUUCGUUCCAUAGACCUGGACCCAACGAACGUCCAUCCGACGAGGCUGGAGGCGAAGAAGACCUCCUACGAGAAAUCGAGCCCGUCCACUCCCAUCAGCUCGGACUCCUUGAAGAACAAAUCCGACGCCAGUCUGAAACUGGUCGUCAGCAGCUCCAGCGACUCCUGCAGUCCCGAGAAGUUGAAGUCUUCCGACAGGUCGUUCAGCUCGGAGCUGCAGUCGCCGAUUAGUGCCAAUUCCAUUAAGUACACCUCCAACUGCAAAGGAGGGCCCGACAACCCCUCCGAGUCUCCGCUGGACCUGAGCGCAGCUACGUCGCCAUUUUACCCGAUUGCACACCCUAACCAGAAGACUCCGUCACCGUAUUCCGUUUCAAAACAGAAAAACGGGACGGACAGCGCGGAAACGUCCCCAGAGAUGAAAUCUACGAGCUCGAAAGAGUCCACGAAACCGACAGGGUACCGACAGAACGGCCACCAGGGGAUUCCUAAGAACAAUAGAGGCAACGAACUUGGGCUUUCGGAUAGUCAAGGCUACAGAAAGGUGGAGCGACGCUUUUGCAAAGGGAAUCAGGAGCUGGAGAGUACAAGGCCAAGGACUAUGGAGAAGGACGUGGCCCUGUACGAGUCGGAGUUUCAAGAUGAAAGUAGGCAGAGGAGCAGAAAGUCCUUCGUGGAAGACGAUCUUCGGGAUGUCUAUUCGGAGAAGGACACGGUGGCACCCUUGCCGAUCCACAAGGUGGACAAGAGAUCACUCCUGGGGAACAGGUGUGGGAUUUUUCAGACCGAGAAGACUACCGAACGGCAGGAGAAUCAGGAAUACUCGAAGCCUUUCGAGAGAAGCUACAGUAGCCUGGACAAGAGCUUCGCGGAUCUGAAGGGGUCCAUCUACGCGGGGAAUUUCGACACUUCUACCGUGAAGAAGAGGUCCAGCGACAUCUUGGAGGAUAUUAAACACCUGGAAUCGAAAACCACGGCCGACAGUGCCCCGGAUACCGGGAUCCUGACCAAGAAGACCGGGUACAUCCUGGAGGACUUGAAGGACCUAGAAGCCAGACGUCAGGACACCUUCAGCGACUCUGCCAGCGGUCUUUCAAAAUGUCGUCUGGAUGCCCUGGGAGCUGAUUUCGUCGCCGACAGAAGGAAGUCGUACGUGGUGGAGCCUAAGAUUAAUAUCGACGAGAACAGCGACAGCAUCCUGAAGAGUCUGGCGCUGAACAACGACGGGAAGGAGGACGACAAGGAAUCGAAACUCGGCGUCUGGACGAAAGUGAAGCCUCGGAAAAGGGGGAAUGACGGAAGAAGGAGCAGCAGCGACAGGGCACUGAAGAUCAUACAGGAGAACUCGGCGAUUCUUCACAAGAUCCUGACUUGCCAGGCGAAGAAGAGGCUGCCGGACCUGGAGGAGAUUUCUAAGGAGAUCACCAUCAGCCCUAUAAACGAGGAGAUAUCGAAGAUAUUCAGCCCCAUCUUGGAGAGGAUCGGUCUGAACGAGGAGGAGAUCAACGAGGAGCUGGCCAGGAUCAAUUUGAAGGACUUCGAUCAGAUGGCCGCGACCGGAGGGUCGGAGUUCGACGCCAAGAUCAACGACGAGCUCUCCAGGUUGUCUCUGAUAGACGACUCGGAGGUGGACCAUUUAAGGGUGGACGAUAUAGUUUCCCGGGACUAUUUGGAGACGAGGGAUGCCUUGAUAGACCGACAGAUUAACGAGGAGCUGUCCAAGUUGCUGGCGAACUACGAAGAGAGAUCCGGCAUGCGCGACGCCAGGUCCUCCAGUCAAAACGUCAGCGACCUGGAGGCCCUGGACUUCUCCAGCGGGUCCACCAACGUUUUCUCCUACAAGUCCAACGAUUCGAUCGAGACGAAGGGCGAGCUGGAAUCGGUCGAAGCUAAUCUCGAGCCGGAAAAGUUCUCCCCGUUCUUGGCGGACGACUCUUUGAUGUACGGCUCCUCGGGGUACAAUGGUCGCGACUUGUCGGCGAAAAGUGACAUCGACAUUUACAGAGAGCUGGAGAAAUUGGACAAGAUAUCGGCGGCGCAAGUGUUCCCACGAGCCAUGCCCUACGUCUCGAAAGCGAUCCCUUAUGCGUCGAACCCGGUCCAUUUCAAAGACGCAAGUCCCAUCGAGAUCGACUAUUCGAGACCGGAGAAACCGUUCGACUCGUCGCCAUCGAGGAGUCCCUACGACGACUUCAAGCCCUACGACUUCAAGUCGAGAAUCUCUCCUAGAAAAGGAUCCAAGGAUCCGUACUCCUCGAGUUCUCGUGAAAAGUCCGCGAUCGAGCCUACGAUCGAGCCUACCUUCGAGUACACCGAGCGACUCUCCGCGACUUCGCCUCGCCUAUACGACCUGGGGGUCAAAAGACAGAUCGUGUCAAAGGAGUCCCUGGAGUUCCGAGUGAGAUACGACGAUGAACAGGCUCGUCAGAUCAGGACGAACGAUUUGACGCUGAGACCUUUCCAGACCGAAUUGGAGGCCCUUGACAAAGGGGCUCCAUACUACAACGACGACUCCACCAUCAAUAAAUACACCCCUAAAGGCAAAUUGAGUCUGGCAGGGGGUUUACCGAGUCAGCUGGACUACGUCUACGAAAAACCCGAGGGGCUUGGUCGGAAUUACGAAGAGCUCUCUCCGGAGGACUACAAAUUCACCAAGAGCAAGGACCUCCAGAGGCAAGCCUUCCCGUCUCCGCUCUCCGACAAGGAGCCCAAUUUCGGGUCUUACUUGUCGCUGCGAUUAGGAGACUCUCGGGCCUUGUCCACCAAUUAUCAUCUUUCGGACCGGAAGUUCCCGGAUUCCGGUCAGUUUUACGCACCUAAGCUUUCCCCCAGCCUGGAGGACGUUGCGAAGAGACCCGUCUCCCAUCCGGAGUUUCCUGAUAAGCCGAGUGCCUCGAAAUUCCCGGACUCGUCCUCGAGCUACUCGGCUAGCAACCGGAAGUCCUCCUUGAGUCUUGGGAAUAUCGGACACCCUAGCAAGAUCGCCGAGCAAACCUUGGAGAAGAUCCUUAGUCCCAAGAUGCAAUUCAGUCCCUUUCCCGUGAGGAAUACCGUCAAGAAACCGAAAGAAUUGGGCCUUAAAUUAGGACUCUAUUCGCCUACUAAUUCUAAUGGCAACGCACUCAAGAGGUCGUAGUCUCGAACCUUUCCACCGGGUUUCUACCGGAGCUUGGAUUCCUUUCGACUCUCGACGGGGAAAAAAAAAAAGAAUGGCCAGGAAAACAAGAUUCGUGGUAAUCGUUGUAUCAUUUUGGGACACCCCUUUGGGCUUUUCCUGACCAUCCUUCGAUUUUUUCCCCGUGCACCGAUCGCUAACCUUUUCGCCCGCGAGUCGCGCGAGCUCUUAUUUUCUUAACAACGAUCUAAUUUAACAUCCGAAUAGUAUUUGUUAUGCAAACGAGCGGCUCUUCCGUGGAACUUUACGAUCGAGCGCUCCUCUUCGACUUCCGAUAUCAAUUAGCGUGCGAUUAGCGAUGCGCGAUUAAGGCAUCACGAAAGGGUCAU